GCAAGCCCAAAGACCUCCUGCAGUCAUACAUUGACGCCGAGGAUCCCGAAUCGCGCAUCCGCAUGACGUCGGGCCAAGUGGCCACCGAAACCAUUAAUGGGCUGAUGGCUGGCUCUGACACCAGCUCCAGUACUCUUGCAUGGACUAUCCAUUUUUUCUUACUGCAUCCACACACCUAUUCCAGAGUCAUUAAAGAAGUGCGUAGCCAAUUUGACCGCGACCACAUGAUAACAUUCAACGAGUCUAGAGAACAUUUUCCAUUCCUUCAGGCGUGUAUCUACGAGACUUUGCGCCUGGUUCCUGCUACCAAUGACCUACCUCGAUGUAUGCCACCAGGUGGUGCGGUUUUUCAAGGACAUUAUAUUCCCGAAGGGUAUACAUGUUUGGUCAGCCUCUCCACAGCUAAUAGGUUGCCCUCCAUUUGGGAAAGGCCAGAAGAGUUUUAUCCAGAGCGAUUCAUGGACAACGAGAACAAUAGGCGACAAAUGCUUAGUUUUAGCAGUGGUGUGAGAGCAUGUCCGGGUAAAAACCUUGCAUGGAUGCAGGUAUUGCCAACACUGGCUAAUAUCAUCAACAAGUACGACUUGAAGCUACCCGCAGACGCGCUGUUUACGCCGGAUCAUGUCGAUAAGCUUGGAAACCCAAUUUUUAUGCCAGCCAUGGUCACUGCCAUGACUGCGCCAAAAUAUCCUGAGCGCGACUGCGUCGCCUUGAUUUCUAAACGCACUUAAGCUUACUUCACUUAAUCGAAAGCCUUAACCAAUAUUUUCAAUAAAUUAUUAGUAUAGUCUAAUGUAUAAUUAUGUUUGAAACAGUAUUUUUGUAAUUGGUUAUGACCAUGCUAUUGUUAUGUAAG